AUGCAGCACAUGCGUGGAGGCCUCAUCGUCUUCCGGGAGGGUGUUGGCAAUCCCCUCAUCGGACGUAUCCGCACCAACUUCACCGAGAUUGACAGGGCCGGUGGACGAAAUCGUGGUCACAAAUUGGAGGAAUUUAUACGUUGGUGGCAACGGCUGAAGCCCUGGAAGGAGGAGUGGGCUGCCUUAAAACGACGUCUAAGACGUCAUAAUGCUGGUUUUGAUGUGAGUUGCAUGUCUCCGUCUGUAGUGUUGAGCGUAAAACUGUAG